GGCGGGGCGCGGGGUCCGCGCGCGCCGGCCAUGCCGCGCUCCCGCCGCGCCGCGCGCCGCGGCACCGGCAGCGCCCGGGCGAGCUCUCCGGGCAGCGAGGAGGAGGCCGGCAGCGAGGUGCUGAGCCACUGCAGCAGUGCCAGCGAGAGCGCCGGCCCCGCUGACGAGGGACCAGGGAGCGAGGCGGCGAGUGAGCAAGGCCAGGAGGAGGAGGUAGAGGACAGGCUGAAAGAGCACAUGGACAACCUCCUGGACAAGAGCGCCAAGGCGCGGCAGGCGGCACUGCAGAGCCUGCGCCUGGCCCUGUCCUCCAGAACCCUGUCCGAGUUCCUGCUGGAGCGCCGCCUCACGCUCACCGACUCCCUGGAGAAGUGCCUCAAGAAAGGUAAAGGGGAAGAACAGGCGUUGGCGGGCACCGUCCUCACCCUCCUCUGCCUCCAGAUGGGCUCUGGCCCGGAAGGAGAAGAGGUGUUCCGCAGCCUGAAGCCCCUGCUCAUCAGUAUCCUGACAGACAGCACAGCCAGCCCCAGCGCCCGGCAGAGCUGUGCCACAGCCCUGGGCAUGUGCUGCUACAUUGCUGCUGCUGACCUCGAGGACCUGGUUUCAUGCCUGUCCUGCUUGGAGGGCAUCUUCAGCCCACCCAGCACAGGCGAAGGGGGCUCAGCACCUGCCCAGCAUGGGCCUCUGCACUGCGGCGCGCUCCAGUCAUGGUCCCUGCUCCUCACCAUCUGCCCCCCCUCCCACCUCAGGAGCAUUUUGGACAAUCGCUGGCUGCAGCUGCCCCCACUGCUGACCAGCAGCAGCGUUGCCCUGCGCAUCCUGGCUGGGGAAACCAUUGCGCUACUCUUUGAGCUGGCCCAGGACCUGGAGGUAAGGCAUGGGCUGUGGCAAUGGGAGCAGGCAGCAGAGGGGGAGCUGGCAUUGACCACCAGGAGGACUUGUGCCACCAAGAUACAGAGUUCCUGUGUACCCAACUCAAGGUCCUGGCUACUGAGAGCAACAAGUACCGAGCCAAGACAGACCGACGGAGGCAGCGAUCCAUCUUCCGGGACAUCCUGCGUUUCAUCGAGAGUGGGGAGUACCAGGAGGAGACCGUCCGAUUUGGCCUGGAGUGCAUGUACCUGGACAGCUGGGCACGCCAGCGCACCUACCAAGCCUUUAAGGAGGUGCUGGGCUCUGGCAUCCACCACCACCUCCAGAACAAUGAGCUGCUACGGGAGAUCUUCGGCCUCGGGCCUCCCUUGGUGCUGGAUGCGGCUGCUCUGAAAGCCAGCAAGGUCUCCCGCUUCGAGAAGCACCUCUACAACUCAGCUGCCUUCAAAGCGCGCACAAAAGCCCGGAGCCGCGUGCGGGACAAGCGGGCGGAUGUGCUGUGAUGGGCACAGGGGGGCAGAGCCCCCAGCCCACUUGGACUGCAGACCCAGCACUGUGAGGGGCAGGUGCCCCCAGCCCUCGGGCUUUUAUUCAUGUACAGCAGAGUAUUUAAUGCCUGGAGCUGCCCCAAGGGGGGGCUGCCCCCUCUUUUAUUUUUUUAACCAAAAAAAUAGGAAGGAUAAAAGAAGAGCAGGGGGAGGUGGCGGCGUGCUGCCGUGUGCCUGCUCUGUGACUGGGAAUCCAUGUGGCACAGUGGGAGGGGGUCUCACCCAGGCUUCUGCAGCCACUUUCAGUGGCAGGGCUUGUGUAUACCCUCCCUAGUCCUGCAGGGGCAAACAGGGUGGCCUGGCACAACCUGAAGGUUAGGUGGGAGGGAGGGCAGAGCUGUGCAGGGCUGCAGAGCAGCUGGUCCUGGUGUCUGUGCCUGUGGCAGGAGUGUUCUCCCCACCCUGCUAUGCUGGGUACAGCCCCUGCCUCCCCAGCCAGGCUCACAUCAGCAAUGGUGGCAGAGCAGUGUGGAGUGGGAAGCUCUGCCCAGUCCUGCCAGCUGCCCACUCUCAAUCCUUUUCCAGCCAAAUGCUUUAUAUGAAAUACUUAUCUUGUGGGAAAUUAAUUAAUGGGGGGGCCACUGCCCAGGCGGGCAUGGGGCCAUGCCAGUUGGCAGUGCCUGCCACCCUGGGAAUGUAUCUAUCAUGGUGAUUUUCUAAGACUUUGAUGGUAAGAGGUAAUUAAAAGGCUAAAUAAAGUAUGCCUUCUGCCUUGUUAAGAGGAAGGGCUGUCACUGGA